AUGUCAGAGGCAGAGCAAGACCUCCACAAGCGCAGCGAGUUGACUCUGCUGGACUCGAUGGUGCUGCGGAUGACGUGGGCUUGUGCAACAGGGGAGACAGUCGCGAGUCUGGCGAAGCAGAUCGGCAAGGACCUGGGUGACAUCUCGUUCGAAGACUGGAGAGACCACGUCUCUCUUGAUCGGCUCCUUCUGGAGAGAUGGCUCAUCGGUCCCCUCAUACUCAUCGUGGAUGAGCUCAACAUGCUUCUCACGAAGGAGACCCUGGCGACACUGGAUGUGGAGGGAUCAGAGGACCCGAUGGGGGCGAAAGCGCUGGCUGGCUUCAUCAGGUCUAGGUGUCUGGGCCCGAAAGAUCGCUUCUUCAUCUUCAGUAGUCACGUCGCUACCGUGGGGAGAAGCAUCGGGAAUUAUUGGGUGAACAGCAGAAGCGCCCGCAAAGUCUACAAGGUCCAGCUCCCGCGUAUCGAGACGCUAGCCGAGGCAGCGGCCAUCAGCCCCUCCGCCGACCAUGGUGAGAUUCUAGCAAGAACAAGCUGAGGAAGCUUGCUCUGAGUAUCUGCUUUUUCUGUUUGCCUUUCAGGGGAGAUAUGCUGGACUGGCCGAGCACCUGCGCUGCUCUUUCAGCUGUACCUACAGAGCGCGACCUCCCGCGACGAGGACGAUGUGCUGGCCUACUUCUCUGUCAGCACAUCGAUUGUCGACGCAUCUACAGCCAAAGCUGUCAUCCGCUCGGCGAUUGUGGGGGACCUAAAGGCUCCCUCGCCUAAGGCCCCAUACAUUGAGUCGCUCGGCACGAUGGCGGCGAAUCUGGACGUCUAUGGUAAUGGAUGUGUGUGGCCUCCCUGCUACCUGGGCCAGGCUUGCACGGACUUGGGCACGUCAAUCUAUGUCAAGGAGCAGCUUGGCUACCACUUUGCUGCCGAUAUCGGCCAGGUGGACCGAUUCCUGAGACAGCUGCUGGAGCCCCGAGGCUCUGGAAAGCGGUGGGAGGGGGUGGCGGCGGCUGCCGUACUUCUACGACUGCUGGACAGCCACAUUACGGCAAUGGAUGGAUCCGAGUCGCCCACAUCGUUGCUGACCGGCAUGCCAGCAGACCUUCUGCCGCCUCCGGUGACAAGUAACCGUGGCUGCCCAUUCGGAGGCUUUGUGGAAUCGCCGGAUUCAAAGAGGGACCUGCCGCAGCUCAUCGAGUGGUUCAAUGGCGAUGGAGUGCGCAAGGACAUGAACGAAGGCUACGUGACUUACCUCGUCAAGCCCAAGAGCCCCCAAUUCGAGGGCUGGGAUUUCUUUGUCUUCGUCGUCGAGGACGGGGAGCUGCGCCACAUCUGGGGCUACCAGUGCAAAGAAGCGACUGACUCUCCGGACAGCAGGAAGCCAACGAUCGAGCGGGCUCUCCAGGCCCUCGAGAAUGAGGGUCUUCUCGAUGGCGGCCUGGACAUUCACACCGUGUGGAUGCAAAGCGAUGCACCGACUUCCUUCGACACAGCCAAGGCUGAGUCAGAUCAAGCUGCUCGACCUGACAAAACGGACGACAUCAACGGCACGCCGCUGUACUAUCCUUCUCAGUCGUCUCUGAGGGUGUUCGUGGGAUUUUCCCUGGCCGAGACCUGUCCAUUCAGCUUUGUAACGGGACGAGCAUGAGUGAGGGAGGCGGGGGGACGGUGUGCGUUGACGGUCGCCUGAGAUAGAUGGAUGGCCUUUUGCUGCCUGACAUUUUACCUGUCAGAUCUUUCUUUUUUUUCCUCCUAAGUAGUUCAUGUGAGCUGUGCGCAUGAUCACUGAAUUUGAGUGGAUGGGUUCGUGUCUCACAACGAAGCAAAGUGACAUGGGUCCUUAUUGUUGGGACAUCUUAUUAUGUGAUUUUGGAGGUCUGGAUGUUCGGGACUGAAAAGUCUUGACGGAACGGGGACUAACACACUUCGUGGCCAGUUCUCU